CGAGGAACCCGGAAGCGGAAACGUGGAGGGUCAGGAAGGUUCGGAAGUGGAAUGUUGUGGUGGUGAGGAGCUUCGAGUCUCUGUCAGCUGGCUGACGGUUUUUCGCCGGUUUCGGUUCGGUGUUUUAGGCCUUCGCCAUGGUGUGCGAGAAGUGUGAAAGAAAACUUGGUACAGUAAUUACGCCUGAUACCUGGAAAGAUGGUGCAAGAAACACAACAGAAAGUGGUGGGAGAAAACUAAAUGAAAACAAGGCAUUGACAUCAAAAAAGGCAAGAUUUGAUCCUUAUGGCAAAAACAAAUUUGCAAUAUGCCGAAUUUGUAAAAGUUCAGUUCAUCAGCCAGGCUCUCAUUACUGCCAGGGAUGUGCAUACAAAAAGGGUAUCUGUGCAAUGUGUGGAAAGAAAGUCUUGGAUACAAAAAACUACAAGCAAACAUCAGUUUAAUUAUUAUGAUUUUUAAUUGACUAGCUUUGAAUAUAGAAGCAAUUGCUGAACAUCUAGGAGAGACUCCUAGAGAACUUGCAUGGGAUAGUUGUGCUGUCUUAGGUCUAAGUUUAAAUCUGCAUUAAAUGGGCUUGCUUGUUUUAA